AUGGCGGCCAAUCAGAAAAAGUAUUCGUGUUACUUCUGUUCCAAGACUUUCUCUCGGUCGGAACAUCAGGCAAGACACGAGAGAUCACAUACAGGUAUCAAGCCAUUUGAGUGCAAGGUGUGCAGGCAUGCAUUUGUACGUAGAGAUCUGUUGCAAAGACACAUCAGAACAGUUCAUAGAGACACCUUGUUGAUGAAGAGGAAAAGUCAACAGGAUCAGGAGCAGCAGGAGAGCAUUGCGCGGCAAAAUGGUGUUGUUGAGGCAGAAGGUGGAACUGCGGACGGCGGUGCUCGCGGGCGAGGCUCGGGUUCGAGUUUUAGUUCGGGUUCGGGUUCGGGUUCGUGCUCGGGUUCGGGCUCGGGUCCUGGCUCGGGUCCUGGCUCGGUAUGCGAAUUGGGAAGUACCAAGAAUGAGCUUUAUUUAGAGUUGCUGGUCAAUUCGAUGAUACGCGUUAACAAUGAUGCUACAGCUCCACUUCUGGCUAUCAAACAGGGGACAUUCAAGAAACAAAGUUUUGAUCUUGGCGAUGAACAAUGUAUGGUAUUGCAAAAUUUGUUUGCCAGAUAUGCAAGUACAGCAACUAUGAGCUAUGAGAACAUACGAAAUUUUUAUAAUACCGGAAUGAGAAAUUUGGAAAGAGUGGAUAAAUUCAAACUUACUUUAAGUGAAAUCAAUAAUGAUCGGAUUCUUGCCAUAUUAUGUAUUGGAUCAAUGCGGAAUCAACAAAUACGCGAUGAUAUUUGGCAAAUUUCGUGGUCGAAUAUAAACGAUAUUGUUGCACUAGAUAUUAUGCAGCAUGGGUUCGCAUUAAUUGAUUAUAAGCCGGCGGAUAUUCUGCAAUUCUUUAAUAAAUUUCAAAGGGUUUAUUUGGAUUCAAAAAUCAAUCAACUCUUUUACUGGCAAACUUUUGAUUCCUGGGUUAAGCUUCUGAGAAUAACAAAUGAACCAAAUAAUAUUUCAAGUUUAAUUUUGAAUAACAUUGUAAGAGAGAAAUUUAUUGGUAAAUUUACGGUUGAGGAAUUUUUCAAAAAUUCAAGGGGUUCUCUUCAAAAAUUACUACUUUCAAGUGUUGAUAUAUUAUCGAAUGUUAUUUACUGUCAUUGGCUUUUUUUUUGCAAAUUAAACGCUUUACAAAUUUUCCAAAACAAAAUUGAUUUCCAUAAUGCUUUGAAGAUGGUUAAUACUCACUACGUUCGAAUUAGUAAAGAAAGAAGACAACAAAGAGAACAGAAAAAGUUUAAAGUUAAAUUGCAAUAUAAAACAUCAGUGCCGGAAUCUUUUAAAAAAACAAUCAAUCAGCGAAGUUUACCAAUUCAAUCUGAUAACCAUUGGUUACUUCUAGAGACCUUUUGGUUUGAAUUUAUGGACCAGAUAAACUCGAGUCGACAAAUCUGGUUUAUGGAUGCAAUUGCUCCAAUUGAUAUUUCAUUAAUAAAUGAAAAUUUAAGCAUAUGUGCAUUACCAAUCUUGACAAUUGUACAACAAACGGUCAAUCAUGAGGAUAUAAAAAAAAGAUAUCUGUCAUUAAUUACAGAUGUUGUGAUUUUUCUGAUCAAAAUUUUUGAGAUUGAAUUAUCUGUUAAUAACGUAAAAUUCCACCCUAAUCGUAUCUUUAAAUUACUAUCGAAUCAAUCCAUUCAGUUAUUACUCGUAUUUGAGUACUUGACUAUUUUCCAAGACUCUAACAUUGAAAUGUAUGCCAUUGAUCAUUUUAUGAAUGAAUUCAUAUUCAGUCAGGGGAAAGUAAUUGAUAACAUGUGGGAUGUUCGAUCAAGUUUUUUAGAUACUCAAUCAUUAAUUUUUAUUGGAUUCUAUCAAUUAGUGCAAGCAAUUAUCAAAAAUUUGAAGGAUGAAAUUAUUACUAAAAAAUUAAGGAAAAUUCAAAGUUUAAGUCAUCAUCUUCAAUCUAGACUAAAUGAACUCUCGAUAGAUUCAUUGAAUUAUCAAAAUGAGUAUUAUUAUGACUAUGAUUCGCAAUCUUCUACGAAUAGAUCAAUAAAUGAUCCUUGGCAAUCAAACAAUGGACUGGCUAUACAAUCACCAGGAUCAAUAAAUUCUCUGCCGAAUAAUUCAGUCUCAUCAGGUAGCGAAGGUUUCAACUUACAAAAUGUUGGAAUGACCCAUUCGAGUAGUUUAGACUCGUCAACUUUUAGAAAUUCAAAUGUCAUUUUACCACCGUUAAACAUGAACAUGAAUUCAAUCAGAAGACCUAGUUUGGAUCAAUCUAUGAUGCUGAGGAAUCAACAGGACUUCUCAUUUCAGCAUCAUCGUCAACAAUACAAUAAUAACAUCAUUCCUAAUAACAAUAGUAGAAACAGUCUAGGUAAUAAUGGUAAUAACGGUAGCAACAGUAUUAAUCAUAACAAUGGUCAAUUUUAUUCAUAUGGAGCAGAGCCGGUAUCACCAAAAACAAUUCCCCAGACUACAGAAGUACUUAGUCCAACGUUUGUUACGCAUGUGAAUAAUGAUACCAAUCCGAUUUCGAGCUUAACGGCUUCAUCAUAUGUCGCACCGGCUAAUGCAAGUACUGUAUCACCAAACUCUUCCUGUAAUGUUAGCGAUCCUGCAUUUUCAGACUCUGGAAGUCCACCAACGAUUAACAAUGUUCGUUUACCACCUCCUUCUCAUUUAUUUGGCGUUUCUUCUAAGUAA